AAAUACGUUUUUAUUUUUUCAGGUAUCAGCCCUUAAACUAUGGUACAAUAUGACAUUGAAAGAAGUUAUAGACAAACCUAGGAUUUACCACCAACUUGUUCCAAUGGAAGUUCAAUAUGAAUACGGAACGAUAAAGUCUGUUGUACAAAAACUUAAAGAUAUUGGUCAUCCGGUGUCUAGGUUAAAGAAUACCAUAGGUUCAGCAGCGACAGCAAUUGCCAAAUCCCCCUCAGGAAUGAUCGAAACCAUGCCAGAUUUCAGACGACCAGGAAAUUCAUCCGGAUACUAACAGGAUAUUAUGUUAAUAAUAGAUUAUGUUUAAUAAAUUGUUGUUGUUAAACGUACCUUGUAAGUUCCUAAAGCGAUUAUAACUACGACCACUGAUGCUACACCCUACACCACUAAUGAUGUACGGUAAAUAAUAUGUAUUGAUGUGUAAUGUUACUAAUUAGGUGUGUUAUGACAUUGCAAAUUCUAAAUUUCAUAUAAAAUGUAAAAUAUAUAGGUAAGAAAAAAAUGUUGUUGUAGGGUAAUAUUAUUGUAAUGAGAAUAAUAUGAGGUCUAUAAUAUGCAGUCUAAUAAUUCAAAUAAUUUUAAACAUAACUACUUAUUGUUUUGUUAUAAUGUUAGUAAUGAAUUACUAUUAUAUUAGGUUCUUGGUAAGACCAAAUGUUGUUUAGUAUAAGUUUACCGUUGGUAUAAUAAGACGUAAUAUAACUAUAAAGAUAAUUUAAUGAUUAAUUUAAGUUGUUCUCUAUUGUGAUCAAAACCCUUGUAUACAAUCGAGUUAAUAAUGUUAAUUAUUUGUACUUUAUAAAAAAUUGUGUGUUAAACCAAUACGUUUAUUCACUGUAGUUUUUUCUAACAUGAUAUUUAUUUUAAACUAUUGUAUUUUUAUAAAAAACAUAAUAUUAUUGGAGUAUAAGUUAAUAUAUAUAAUAAAUAUAAACAACCAGU